AUGCCUAUGGGAGAGGUCGACCAGUCAUUUAUUAACGAAGUAUGGAUUCUCUAUGCUGUCGGUGUGGUAAUACUGGUCCUUCGGUUCGUGGUGCGCAUCAAGGCCGUGGGCUUAGGUGGUUUGCAAGGCGAUGACUAUUUCUCUGUGCUGGUUCUCGGCUUGUUCACAGUAGAUGCGGCGAUGGUCGAUCUAGUCUAUUAUGCAGGAACCAACGUCGAGGCAUCAGCAGUACUAGAAACCCGAACCCUUACCGACGACGAGAUCGCCGAAUACACGUUCGGCUCUAAGAUGGAGCUCGUGGCAUGGUAUUCCUAUACAGCGCUGAUAUGGGCCCUGAAGGGAACAAUGCUAUGCUUCUUUAGACGGUUAACCGAUGGUCUUUGGCAGUAUCGCCUGGUAAAAUGGCUCAUGUAUGCUUGCGGCGCAUCUUACUUCGUGGUUGUAAUGACGGUGACAUUUGGAUGUUUCCCGACACAAAAUAACUGGCAAGUCGUGCCGGACCCAGGCCUUCAGUGUACUUUCAAGAGGCAGAACUUCUUGGUCACGGUCGUGUUCAACGUCAUGACCGACGCCGCCAUUCUCUUCGUCCCUGUCCCACUCCUCUGGGCUUUGCAGAUUCCCCUGAGGAAGAAACUCGUCAUUGGUCUCCUCCUCUGUUCAGGCCUCUUCGUCAUCACGGCGGCCAUCAUUCGCGUUGUGCUGACCCUCGGUGCCCACCCCUCGGCGCUGAAUGUGAACCGCUGGGGCGUGCGCGAGACCAUCGUCGGCAUUCUCACUGUCAACAUUCCGAUCCUGCGGCCCAUGUUCAGCCCGACGUUCUGGAAGACGGGCCAGCUGUCGAGCGCCGCGGGACGUGGCACCACCACGACAGGCACGCGUACGCCUGGCCCGCUCGGUGGCGCCAAAGGGCCCUACGAGAUGACAGGCGGCCGGACCCUUUCGGGUCGCAAGAGCAGCUUUGGCGGAAGCGAGGACGCCAUACUCAAUAGGAACGGCAGCGUCGCGCCCUCCGUCAAGUCAGGGGCCAGCGGGAUCACCGUUCCGGUCGUGUAUCAUGUCUCGAGAGAAGAACACCUGGCGGAGCAAGGGCUAAGCAGAUGGAACACCAGCGACAACGGGCCGCACACGGCCUAUAGACGCAGCGGGAAUGUCUUCUAG